AUGGAACAGCCCUCGUCGUCGUCCAAGGUCACAGUCGAGUACUUCGAUCCCCACGAUGUCUACAAGCUGUUGGCCCCCGGGCUGAUCCCGCGACUUCCCCUCCGCGACCUCAACUGGCAGUCCCACGCAGGGCCGGUGCGCUCCAUCCACACCCUCCAUGUCGAGAUCGUGCCCACGGGUACCGACUACUCGCAGCUCCUCUCACCCCUAACACCGAACCACCCCCAACUCGCGCCGCCUUCCGUAACCGUAGCUACAACUGCGGCCGGAACCCCAAACCCAACUGCCCCCGCCGAGAGCCUAGCCAUUCGCGAUGAUGGCUUCCAGAACACUCCGGUCGGCGGCCGUUCAGCCUCCAUCGAACAGACCGAGACAAUGGGUCCCACACUCCGUCCUCCGGGAGCUGCCGUCCCCAAAGAGCGCCGUCACCAGAUUCCUGGGCUUCGCCGCACCCCGUAUCUCAAGAUUCUGCUCGUAAGAUGCGACGACAAUGACGCGUACAAGUCGACCACGCGGGCAGAGGUACGCGAGUGGCUCAAGGAAAACACACCAGUCUCGCAGGGCAAGCUGGUCAACAAUGCCGAGAACCACGAUGCCUUCGAGUGGAUGAUCAUCCACGUGGUGCUCCCAAACACGGUCGCAGCCACGCAGCCUCGAAUGACAGGCGGUAAAGCGCCGGACUCGAGCUCAGAUAUCACAAAGACGGCAGCAUCCCGGUGGCGGGGCGGCUCGAACACCCUGCUCGAGAAGAUGCGGAGUGAUUUCAACAGCUCCAGCAAGAACGCCGUUGACAGGGUCAGGCAGAUCCGCAUCGGCAUCAAUGACGUGCCGUACGACCUCUUGCCACGCGUGGUGCCUGCCGUUCCUACCGGAUACCAAGAGACUGAGCAGGACAGCGAAAACGCGUGGGCAGAUCUGAUUGGGAAGAUUAAGGAGCUCAUACUAUCUAGCUUUGAUACACGCGUGACCCAGUACGAGGAAGACAUCAAAGAGAGGGAUGGUCAGAGAAGCCUUCCCGGCUGGAACUUUUGCACAUUUUUCAUCCUGAAGGAGGGCUUGGCCCGCGGCUUCGAGAGCGUCGGUCUCGUCGAGGACGCCCUGGUUGUCUAUGACGAGCUCAGCGUAGGCCUGGACGCUAUCAUCCAGGCGCAAGCCAUCGCGGGCUCCGCUGAAGCCCACGGCGGUGCCCUCUUGUCCUACACAGAGGAGCUCAAAAAGGCAGCCCAGAGGGCAAUGCGCCAGAUUUCCCGAGGGAACAUGGAAUUUGACGAAGAGGAGGCCGUGGACCUGCAGUCGAGCGAGAAGGGGCGCGCCGACUUGUUCGAUAGGAUUCCCAUCAGCGCGACGAGAAAACAGUAUCGUGAGCUGAUUCUGGCAAAUAACGUCUCACUGUUCGAUUUUCGGUGCUAUAUUUUUGCCCGCCAAAUGUCCCUUCUCCUCCGUCUCGGAAACGCGUCGUCCACCAGAGAGGAGCUGUUGGCCAAGCUCAGGGAACUGCAAGAACUGGUGCCGCGAGGCGUCGCCCCUCGAGCCCCGCCGCCAAAGGUGACGGACGAGUCUGAGAAUCUCCUGCACUUGGCCGAGAUCUGUAGGAGGACGCUCGAGUUUGUUCCUGCUGUUUCGCAGGUGAGCAGGAGGGAUCUCAUGUCCGCAUUGACAUCGGCAAAACGGGGGGAAGGGGCCGGGGACGCCGAGCCGGCCGUUGUUGACCCGAUACUGUCCGAGGUUGUCGAUAACAUAGUCGCGUCCUUUGCAUUCUCAAUUGCGCAGCAAAUAUUGGCCCAGACAUCUACCAAGGCGCUGCCUAUUCCGCCGUCUACCUUUCCAGAGCCCGGCGGACAGGAGCCAAAGGCCUCCAUACCAGAGCCCAAGACAAUGAUCCACCCGGCGAGGAGCACCUCUCUUUACAUACGUGCUGGACAGAAUCCUCCGCUCAGUCCCAUCGGAUUUCCUGGCCCGGGCCGGAGGUCAAGCCUGCCCGAAGGCGACGCGGCUACCCCAUAUCUCAAGGCUGGCCUCGAAGAACUGGCUGCGCGGAGAGCUGAGCUAUACGCGCUGUCUCGAAACAUUCUCGAAGAGUGUGGCAAGAAGAGAGGUUGGUCUGAUGGUUGGUCCUCGGUGCCUGUGGUCGGGGAGAGCGGCGUCGCCGAUAUGGAGGACAUCAGCCUUGACGACGGAGAAGACAAGAAAGAGCCAACCCCAGAGAGUAACGUGCGGUCACCGGCAUCGAUAGCCGGCCUGGAUAAUGAGCUUCUCCGCACAGCUCUUGACAACAAGGAUGACUUCUACCGACUCUACGAAACUCUGACUGACAAGUCGCUCCGCCAUUACACGGUAGCGAGCCACGACCACUCUGUUCAGGCCAACAUGGCCGAUCUUGCCGUUCUAAAGUUUCAUCUUGGCGAAUUCGGAGAGGCGGCUUUCUACUUUUACCGAGUUAUUCCUUUCUUCGGAGAGGGUGGCUGGAGCCUUCUAGAGCUCUCCAUGCUCGUCAUGUAUGCGCGAUGCCUGAAGAAGCUCCAGAGAAUGGACGACUACGUCAAUAAAGCCCUUCGCCAGCUUCUCUCAAAGGCUGCCGCCGCCGAACUGGAGAGGCUGCAGCAAAAGUCUCGAUUCCGUGUCGCAGAAAGAGCCAAGAAACAGUUCCCUGAAGCGUCGGCAAUUUCUGGUUUUCUCACGGAUUUGCUAACCGUCUCGGCAACGCUUGAGCAAGAAGUCACCAUCCCCUUGGUGAGCUUCUUCGGCAACGUGGAACUUGACGGGCCCCCAGUUUAUGACGACAACCAGGAUAGCUUCUCGCUGUUCUUGAAGCUCCACAGUCUUGUUGUGGACGAGUUUGAGGCAGACACGAUCAGUUUGCGGAUUACGAGUCCCUCAGCCGGAGGAAACAGGGAGAUCUGGCUUCAAGCUAAAGGCCCAGUGACCAUUAAGCCCGGACGGAACAAGGUGGAACUGCAAAGCACGGCCAUGAUAGCAGGCAGCUACGAGGUGGAUGAGAUCCGCCUGUCAAGCAGUAAUAUGCGCUUGCAUUAUGAACGGACUGUCGGGGAACCUGUGGGCAAGCUUUCGACCGUCCUGAGGAGUCCGCGUGUCACCCUCCACCAGCGCACAAGCACGCUCGACGCGCGUCUUACCGCCACAAAAGAUAUCCAGUUGGACAAGAACAACUCGCUGGAUCUCGAGGUGCUGACUGGCUGGAACACAGUCACGAGCUGCGAAGUCAAGAUCAAGGCUGCGACUGGCGGGUUGCGACUCUUGAUCGCCGAGACGGUAGCUCUCGGCCCGCUUCAACUUUUGAAGCGAUCCGAGGGCGGGUCCUUCACGUUCGGAGCCGUGCCGGCCAAUGAAUCCGUCAGGCUCAGGUUCCCAUUCACUGUUGAGCAUGAGCUGCUCACGGUGGCCAUUAAAGUGGAGGUGGACUAUUCGACCGACAGAGGAAGCUUCACCUUUUCCCGGACCUUGUCUGUUCCCAUUGCUCUUGAGCUAGCUGUCAACGUCCAAGACGUUUUUAAGCAUGAUGCCCUCUUCUCGAGAUUUACCGUCUCGACAGCCAGUGCGAGCCCCCUGAGGGUGUUCAUGAGCGAGCUUGUAGGGUCUGAGAUUUUUGAAUCCCAUUUUGGGAUGCCGCCGAGCCACCCCAUCGUCGUCUUCCCAAAACAGCCCGCGAGCUUGCUAUACAAAAUCACGAGAAAGCCAGGUUCGAAACUUGCCCCCAAGACUAAGCGGACGCUAUAUCUACGGAUUUACUACAGCGUAUUGAGCCAAGAGAUUGAAGCACUGUUUGAGAGGACGCUCAACGAAGAUCUUGGCAAGACGCCUUUACGAGAGUACUCAAAGCUGGUUGUGGCUCAAGUUCUCUCCUGGGUCAAGACAGGGCUGUCACCGUACGAACUUGAGAAAGCAGCUCUUCUCGGCGAACUACAAACAAGUAUGCUUGGAGAUGUCAAGUGGGACAAGCAAUUCCCGGGGUUCGAGUCUACGCUUGGACCGCAGGGGGAAAGCCUUCCGACAGAGCUGGCAAGUUUCGUGCUGGACUGGCUAAAAACCCACCCCAAGCUUCUUUUGCCGCACCCGGAGCCGGCAAGCGUGCAGCCAAACUCGAUUAUAAUUCCCGUUGACGUACCUCCGAUUACCAUUGUGCAUACUGCCGAUAUAGACACCACCCCCAAACAUGUCGACCAGAGUGCCAAUAGCCAGGUCCAAGAUCCGAUUGGGUCCCUGACAAACAAUGAAGGACAUCCGACCGUUUGCAUCAACCAGCUCCUGCCAGCCACACUACACCUCCGGUGGACGCGCAGAUGGGACACAUCAGGUGCCGAGUCUGUGCAAGGAAAGACGGCGCCCAUUGCAAGGUCUCGGGAUCUUGAGUUUGGGUAUGAGAUCACGGCGCCUGCAGACACCUGGCUUCUCGGAGGGCGGAGAAAGGGCCACUUUGUCAUACCGGCAAUGUCAGACCUGGAAAAUGACGCGGACCUGACGUCGACUCCCGAAACUGAAGCGGAUAUUCCGUUGCUCUUGGUGCCGUUGCGUGAAGGGUGGUUGCCUUAUCCCAGCGUGGAGAUUCGCGAGGUCAGAGGCAGCAUAGGGGGGGAGGAAGACGGUCUAGGUCUCAGCAUUGGACAUGGUCAUUGCGAGACGGACUACCGCAAUCUUGGAGAGACCAUCAAUGUUAUUUCUGACCGUUCCAGGGUCACGCUCAGCCUCGACGCCAGCGGUCUUGGCGGAGGACCUCUGGUGCUGGAGAGCGAGCGCUCCGGAUUGGGAGGCGGGAGGGCGGUCGUCUAA